UGCGUCGCGCCGUCAUGACGUCACGAGUCACGUUUCUGAACAUGCGGACGUGAUCAGCAGAAUCUGGCGAAGACAAACAGGCAUAAAGUGAAGUGGACCUGUCUGCACCAUUAUGGCGAGUGUGCUCUGCAGGAGGGCCAGACAGGUGUGCCAGUCAUCUGUGGUUCACGCAGGUAUGGCGACAGUGAGAGGAUUUUCAGCAGCUGGAUCAUCUGGUUCAGAUGAGCCAUAUAUAGCUUUACCAUUUCAACACUCAGGUACCAGAACAGUAUGGCCAGAUGAAAUGAUGGGUCCAUUUGGGCCUCAAGACCAACGCUUCCAGUUGCCGGGCAACGUGGGCUUCGACUGUCACCUUAAGGGCACAGGGUUACAGAAGAGAGGGCCAGUACAUCGGACCGUCCCGGACAUUCUGUCUGCCCCAUCCAGCACAGAGAGGCACGAGUUUAUACUCGCACAGUUUGUUAAUGAAUAUCAGGGUAAAGAAGUUUCUCUCAUGGCACAACGAGUCAGCAAAGCAGAACACUAUUUUAAUCACUCAAAUGUUGUAUGUUCCAUGCAUUCCUGCCCAGAGCUGCUAAAGAAAGAGUUGGAACAGUUUUUUCCUGUACUUCCUCCAAGUCCCAUUACGGUUGUCACGGUAACACAGAUAAAUGAAACCGUGGAAACAGAAGAACUGGAAACAGAUCACAAACAACUGCUGGAUAAUUUUGUCAGUGGUGCUAAAGAAAUCUGCUUCACACUGUGGAGAGGAGGCUACUGGGCAGAUUUCAUCAACCCGUUAUCAGGGAAAGCUUUUUUUGGAGAUCAGACACAGGACUAUAUUUUGCCUGAAGACGUUCGCCAUCAUGCUGGCUUUCACAUCGAGGACCUGGCAUCCUGUACCAUCAUACGUCAUGUCUUAAAGGGGACACCAUCAUUUGCGUUAACACUGAUCACUAACGCACCUUCCAACAGUCUGAUUAUGGAGAAACUUCAAGGGCACUCCAUUGCUUUACAGGGAGGGGACUGACAGACCCUUUUAAAACUUGAACAGUAUCCCAAACUUUUUCUUUACACUUCAAGAGAUUUUAAUGAAAAUUUGCCAGUUGUGAGGUUACAAAAAUGCAAUUUAUUUAUAAUAUAUGAACACUUAAAACAUGCAGUAUUGUCUAAACAACAAACCAUAUGAAACCACACAGUGCUUUACAAAACAAUCAGCCUUUAUCUUCACAUCGUUGACUUGAGAGAGCGUAUUGUUGGUAAAAUGUCGUCUAGAUUCUGGACAUCUGAAAAGACAAAAUGGAAGUCAACCAGUGCCACGAUACAACUUUCAUUUAGCUCAGAUUGUCAUACACUAGACUGUAAAUACAGUAUUUCUUUAGUUUGGUUAGCUGUGAUUUGCAGUGGUCUUGAUAUUCUUGAUGAAAUGUGAAUAAAAGUUUUAGGUCUCACUCAGAGUUUGUAGAAGCUCCAGUAUGAAAGAAUGGAAAACUGGAAAAAAUUCUUCAUGUUCCUUUAUCUUUACGAUAAUGCUGCAAAAACAACAACAUAGAAUGGUUUAUACACAACCGUUGACAUCAAUGUAAGGUUUUGUAGUUUGCAAAUGGGCCUCCAUGAACAAGUAGACCAAAUAUUUGACCCGGGAGAGGUAUUGCAAAGUUUUUUAGCAUGGGAACCAAACUUUGUCAAAACACACUUUUUCUUUUUAUAUAAAAUUGUUUGAAAUUUAAAAAUUAAAGUAAAAAUAAUUUUUACAUCUUGUGUUUGCAGGUCAAUUUUAACUUUAAUAUGUCUUUUUUUUCCAAACUUUCUCACACACGAAAAAUGUAAUAAACUAAAUCAAAGGUAAUGUGGCAAAAGUACAUGCACACAGUCUAAAUUGGGCUUGAAAUAGGAAACUUACUCUGAUGCACAACAUUCAGCAGUUCAUGCAAGUUAAUAGAAUAUAUUUCGAUUUGUUUGGUUGAAAAAUACAUUGUUGUAUUGAGCAGUUUUGAGUAAUAGGAAAUGCGUUCAGAUUACUAGUAAUUCUCACAUUAGAUAUUAAUAUAAAUGGUAUAUUAUGUUAUUUUAGGUAAAUAUUUCACAGAAAUAUUUAUUACAAAAUGAUGUCUUCACAUGCAUCACACUGGAUUUGCUGUAAUUAAUAUAUAUUUUGAAAUGUCAAAUAAUUUCUAAAUUGUAUUAUUUCUAAAAAAACAAAAUGGCAUAAUAAUUAAUAAAUUUUACAUUCAUCA